AUGAGACCCUUCGUGCCCCGUCGCCGUGAUGUUCAUCGCACCCGUGCCCUCCUCCAUCACCGCCUAGGACUUCCCAACGAACUCGUCCUCGACAUUUUGGACAAGGCUCGUUACUGGGUCGAGCACGUUCAUGAAAAUGACAGGACUCUCGUGAUUCUGGACGAAGAGUUCUCCGACAACUUCUCCGCCGCGUCUCCAUUAAUGAGGAUAAUCUUUGACAAGUCCGAAACCACGCAUCACGAAACGCCCAGACUCAAAGAGAUAGAGUUUCUGAUUGUCAGCCACGACCAGGGCUGGACAACAGAGGGUACAACUGGCACAUACGACACCUCUUCAUGGUUUGAGGUCUCUAUCGUGCGCCCGCAGUCUCCGCCCAGCGACAUGGAGAAUGAAAUCGUCGCUGAAAACUUCGAGGACAACAUGUACCCCCAAAGCAACAUCCACAGCGUCAUAGACAACAUAUGCGGUGACCUGAGCUUCAGCAAUGUACCGCGCUCGCCAUCGGCUACGGAGCCACAGAGGUUACACUGCGACGAGAUGCGAGCUAUGACGUUUCUACAUGAUGACCCGUCACGCCCGAUGGGUAUUGAAGGUCAACACGCUUGGUAUCUGCAAGGCAACGAGGUCGCAAGAGCCACGUCUGUCUUUGAUGGAGACUUCAUUCGGAGAUAUCGCGUUGUCUGGGGAUGUAAAGAAAAUCCAACAUGGGAGGGCAACGAAGGCUCUGGACGUGGCGAGAACUUCAUUGACUCUCUACAAGAUGGUGAUUGGAUAUGCGUGUGGGCAAGAGCGAAGAGAAGAGGAUGGGAAAAUCACGUCCAUGGCAUACGUGUCACCACGCGCUACACCGUAUAG